GUCGAAUUUGACUUUGCGACGCUUGGCUUGUAGUGGUUUCAAGCCAGUUUAUCAAUUUCAAACAUCAACAAAUGACCGAAAAAAUGUAGAAACGCCACGAAAAACGUUAAAUUGACCCGGGCCGCGUUUUAUUAUCGUUUGAGUUCGAUUUUUGUUCAAGUUGUGUGUUUUUUUGGGGGCGAAAAAAGAAAGGAAAUAGUGUAAAAUGGUCAGGGGUCGUCGCGUGAAGGCCGUUUUCGACGAUUGUUGUUCUCCAGACCCGAAACGUCGCAGCCCUAACAUAAUCACCGAUUUUCUCAAGGGCGUCGUUGAGAGCCAGGACGGACGUGACAUUGUACUAUUACAAGUUGAUGACAUUGAUGAUGUUCCCAAGACGCCGGUGAUCAAAAAUAUGACAUGCAAAGAGGGACCACCCACGCCGCAUCGAAUCGAAUUGUGUCCUGACGAAGGCAAAAUUGAGGCGAAACCCAAAGCCAAGAAACGGUUGAAUUGUCAACUGUCAACCAAGGACAACAACCACAAGGUCACUGAUUACUUUCCAGUUCGGCGUUCUGUCCGUAAAACGAAAAAGACCGUCAUGGAAGAGAAACAAAGAAGUUUGGAGGAGAUGUUGCGAAAUGGUGUUGAAGAAGGGCUCGAGGUUAGGGUUUUCUCGAAUAAAGGUCGUGGUGUGGUCACUUCGCGCCCUUUCACCAAGGGCGAUUUCGUAGUCGAGUACAGUGGCGACCUCAUUGACAUUAACGAAGCAAAAAGACGCGAAUUGAAAUACGCCCAAGAUUUAAAUACCGGAUGUUAUAUGUAUUAUUUCAAACAUAAUAAUCAACAGUAUUGUGUGGAUGCUACCGCCGAGACUGGUAAAUUGGGGCGAUUGGUGAACCAUUCGCGGAAUGGUAAUCUCAUCACCAGGACCGUAUCGGUGGAUAAUAAGCCCCGGCUUGUACUUAUUGCGAAGGAUGAUAUCAAAGCCGGCGAUGAAAUUACUUAUGAUUAUGGUGACAGGUCGAAAGAAUCGCUGAAGCAUCAUCCAUGGUUAGCUUAUUAAUUUAUUUCUUUUUUUUAAUUUAUUUUUAAUGUAAAUGACGGAGUAGCCGAUAUGGCUAAUGUAAGAAGGCACAAUUUGUUUUAAAGUGGUCACUGCCUUUUUUAUUUGAUUUUUGUGUGUAUUUACUCGACUAGAAAGAACGGUUAAUUACUAAAGAUUAGGUAAUAAAAGAUUGUUUUGUGA